UCCAGGUCCUACCGUUGUGUUCACAGACAAUACUCCUUGAAGAUUGCUGAUUCACGAGGAACUCCUACUAUUCCGGCAUCCUAACACCAUGGAUAAUUCCUCCUCUCAAAACCCACCGCUUACAGAGUCUCCAUCGUCGACACAAAACGAGUCGAAUAUGGUGCUACCAGCUCCGUCAGACUUCACGCUCCCCACUAACUCCCCUUCCGCUCUGAUGACUUUCUUGCCGCCAAGCUCUGGAAGUUUGAACGAUGCGGCUGUCAGCCCAGGUCCAGCUACUCUGAGACCGUCGGUCGGUAGACCAGCGGUCUCGUUAGCACCGACACUGCCUCCUGAUGGUUCCGUGCCCCAUCAGAUUCCCACACCACCCGAGCAUGAUGUUAAAAACGACACGUUUCAACCUCAAAUUCCGCAAGAUUUAAAGGAUCCGACUUCGGGCGAUUCUCCAUUUUGCUCAAGCAAUCAGGUUUCGUGCAUGUACGGGUCGCAUCCAUUUGCUUUUGUCUUGACUUCGCUUGUGCUGUUGCUCUUUGCCUGUUGGCAAUGGAAGUUUUGGUGUUGUAAGGACACACGUGACUUCUCGCGCGGUGAAUAUCGGGCCGUGACGGCUCGGUAUACUGAUAGUGCCUUUGCCGACGAUUAUUCUGUUGAGGAGAAUCAAGAAUAUCUCAGUGAUGAGGAUGACGGUGACGGCUACGGUGGCUGGAAUAGCAACGGCGGCGGUAAACACGUAAUUGAAAUGAAAGAUCUGGGGAUAGAAGGUAAGAGUGACAAUUUGACGCUAGAAGAAAUGAACGGAUAG